AUGCCCGUGAACGCAGGGCAUGUGUGUUAUGGCAGUGUGCCGUCGGGAGCCUCAGAGACAUGCCUUCUGCUCAUUCCGGAGUCCGACUCUCUGUGGAGGCCAAUGACGAGAGAGGAGCUAGAGGCAGCUGAUGGGCCUGGCUGGAGGAAAGUGCGCUGUUACCUGGUGCUGCUGUUCUGGCUCGCCUGGGUCACCAUACUUGCCACUUCUAUCGCCAUCAUAAUAAAGAGCCCCCGGCCGGUUGCGACGCCCUUGAAAUGGUGGCAGGAGUCUGUGUUCUAUCAGCUGCAGGCCGACCAGUGGACGGAGGCGCAGACCGAGGGUUCAGAGGGCAUGUGCGCAAUGCAUGAGCAGCUUCCCUACCUCAGGUCUUUGAGUAUAGGGGCUCUAAUCCUGAAGGGUGUGUUUGAUGUUGAGGUCUUUCCUUUAAACCUCACUGCCGCUGAUAAAAACUUUGCUCCACUGGCUUGGAUGCAACAUCUGCUCAGUGAGAGCCACAAAGCAGGUCUCAAAAUUGUGCUUGACUUGUGUAAACGGGAUCUGUUGGCACUUCAGGAUGUAACUGGAAACCUCUCAGCUACCACACAGCGUGCACUCCACUUCUGGUUGGAAAAAGGUGUGGCAGGUUUUGUUAUCUGUGACACUGAUGCAGCAUAUUCAGAAAAGACUCUGCUGGAGUGGAGACGUGUCUUUGGGGAAUUCAGUAGUCCGGAAGAGGAAAGGAUUGUCGUGGUAAGACAGACGGCAGAUGUUCUGCGUCCAUUAAAUGGCUCCGGUCAGGUCAACGUUACACUGGUGGAUGUGGUCAUGAGGUCCAUUCUCCCUCGUUCACAUCACCCACUGUUUGCACAGGAAGUGGCUGGUGCUGUAGAGAGACACCUACAAACAAGAGGAGAUAAUAUAUGGCCCAGCUGGAUGGUUGGAGGCAACGCAUCUCAGGAACUGAAGAAGUUACUCCUGGUGUUGAUUAUGACUCUGCCAGGAUCACCAGCAAUCCAGUAUGAUAAAGACAUGGAGAAAACAAAGGAAAAGGGCAAAAUGAACCGUGCAGCCCUUCAGCUCUUCUCCUCCCUCAGCUUCUCCAAAGCCAGAGAAGAAGCGCUUCAGUAUGGCAGUUUCACCUUCCUCCCUUUCAACACCUCGUCAUCCUCAAACUCCUCUCUUUCCUCUCCUUUAUCUCCCCCAAUUCUUGCCUUUCUGCGCUCCUGGGGUUGUGUCCACUUCCUUGUUCUGCUCAACUUCGGGUUUCAGCCUCAAAGCCUGGAUCCUGCCUGGGCCUCGAGCUUGCCUGAUGCCGGGCUGUUUGUAGCCAGCACAGGGAUGGAUCGUUUUGGGUCCACAUCUCUCUACAGUCUCAGACUGCAGCCCCACGAAGCCAUCGUAAUCAAACUUUUUGAAGCACAAAAUUAUUCAUAGAGUUUCUGUGGUCGGGUUUCAGUAUAUCUCAAACCACAGUGAUGCAGCUGUUUUUAAAAAAUUCUCAUUUAUGCUCAGAAGUCACUGAAACUAAAGUCACUGUUUUGUGUAGCAACAUUUGAGUGGUUCCCCUUCAACCACUGGGAUCUGUAAUAUAUCUAUAAUAUAGCAUGACUGUAUGAACUGAGAUAACAAGUAAAUCUUGAUUUCACA